CCGGGCCCGGCCGUGCCCCGCGUCGCGCUCCCCCGGGAUGGCCCGCGCGCCUCGGCGCUGCCUCGCGGAGCACACGGCGGAGCGGCGGCGGCCGCGCUCGGGGGGCGCGCGGCUGCGGCGGCGGCGGCGCGGCGCGUGAGGGGCCGCCUGGGGCCGAGCGGGCGCCGCCAACAUGUCGGAUACGAAGGUAAAAGUUGCCGUCCGGGUCCGGCCCAUGAACCGGCGAGAACUGGAACUGAACACCAAGUGCGUGGUGGAGAUGGAAGGGAAUCAAACGGUCCUGCACCCUCCUCCUUCUAACACCAAACAGGGAGAAAGGAAACCUCCCAAGGUAUUUGCCUUCGAUUAUUGCUUUUGGUCCAUGGAUGAAUCUAACACUACAAAAUAUGCUGGUCAAGAAGUGGUUUUCAAGUGCCUUGGGGAAGGAAUUCUUGAAAAAGCCUUCCAGGGGUAUAAUGCUUGUAUUUUUGCAUAUGGACAGACAGGUUCAGGAAAAUCUUUCUCCAUGAUGGGCAGUGCUGAGCAGCUGGGCCUUAUUCCAAGGCUCUGCUGUGCUUUAUUUAAAAGGAUCUCCCUAGAGCAAAAUGAGUCACAGACCUUUAAAGUCGAAGUAUCCUAUAUGGAAAUUUAUAAUGAGAAAGUUCGGGAUCUUUUAGACCCCAAAGGGAAUAGACAGUCUCUUAAAGUUCGAGAGCAUAAAGUGUUGGGGCCAUAUGUAGAUGGUUUAUCCCAGCUGGCUGUCACUAGUUUUGAGGAUAUUGAGUCAUUGAUGUCUGAGGGAAAUAAGUCUCGGACCGUAGCUGCAACCAACAUGAAUGAAGAAAGUAGCCGCUCCCAUGCUGUGUUCAACAUCAUAAUCACGCAGACGCUUUACGACCUGCAGUCUGGGAACUCCGGAGAGAAGGUCAGUAAGGUCAGCCUGGUGGACCUGGCGGGUAGUGAGAGAGUGUCCAAAACAGGAGCCGCGGGAGAGCGACUGAAAGAAGGCAGCAACAUUAACAAAUCCCUUACAACCUUGGGGUUGGUUAUAUCCUCGCUGGCUGACCAGGCAGCUGGCAAGGGUAAAAACAAAUUUGUGCCUUAUCGAGAUUCAGUGCUCACUUGGCUUCUUAAGGAUAACUUGGGGGGCAACAGCCAGACCUCUAUGAUAGCCACCAUUAGCCCAGCAGCAGACAACUAUGAGGAGACCCUCUCCACCCUGCGAUACGCGGAUAGAGCCAAAAGGAUCGUUAACCACGCCAUUGUGAACGAGGACCCCAAUGCCAAAGUCAUCCGGGAGCUGCGGGAGGAGGUAGAGAAACUGAAGGAGCAGCUCUCGCAGGCUGAGGCUAUGAAGGCCCCUGAACUAAAAGAGAAGCUUGAAGAAUCUGAAAAGCUGAUCAAAGAACUAACAGUGACUUGGGAAGAGAAGCUGAGGAAAACAGAAGAAAUCGCACAGGAGAGACAACGACAGCUUGAAAGUAUGGGGAUUUCCCUGGAGACAUCGGGUAUCAAGGUGGGAGAUGAUAAGUGCUACUUAGUCAACCUGAACGCGGACCCUGCUCUUAACGAGCUUCUGGUUUAUUAUUUAAAGGACCAUACCAGGGUGGGUGCAGACACGUCCCAGGACAUCCAGCUCUUUGGCAUAGGAAUACAGCCGGAGCACUGUGAGAUCGACAUCGCAUCCGAUGGUGAUGUUACUCUCACUCCAAAAGAAAAUUCAAGGUCCUGUGUAAAUGGCACCCUUGUGUGCAGCACUACCCAGCUGUGGCACGGUGAUAGAAUCCUGUGGGGAAAUAACCACUUUUUUAGAAUUAACUUACCUAAGAGGAAACGGCGAGACUGGUUGAAAGACUUUGAAAAGGAAACCGGCCCGCCAGAGCAUGACCUGGACGCAGCCAGUGAAGCUUCCUCGGAACCAGACUAUAACUAUGAAUUUGCACAGAUGGAGGUUAUCAUGAAAACACUGAACAGCAAUGGUGGUUUCCCGAUAAUAAGCCUGUCUGCCUGGUGGUCGUCCCCCUGGUGGUCGUAUUUGAAGAUUCUCUUCCCUCUCAUGUGGUUUCAGACGAAGCUCCUUCACAAACACUGGGAAAGAGAUCCAGUGCAAAAUGUGGUUCAGGUCCUGGAGAAACAGUACCUGGAAGAAAAGCGGAGCGCCCUGGAGGAGCAGCGGCUCAUGUACGAGCGGGAGCUGGAGCGGCUCCGCCAGCAGCUGUCCCCGGAGCGCCAGCCCCAGAGCAGUGGCCCCGACCGCCUGGCCUACAGCAACCAGACGGCUCAGCAGAAGGUGACCCAGUGGGCAGAGGAGAGGGAUGAGCUCUUCCGCCAAAGCUUGGCAAAACUGCGCGAGCAGCUUGUGAAAGCCAAUACCUUGGUAAGGGAGGCAAACUUCUUAGCUGAGGAAAUGAGCAAGCUCACUGACUACCAGGUGACUCUGCAGAUCCCUGCUGCAAACCUCAGUGCCAACAGAAAGAGAGGAGCAAUCGUGAGUGAGCCAGCUAUCCAAGUGCGGAGGAAAGGAAAGAGCACCCAAGUUUGGACCAUCGAGAAGCUGGAGAAUAAAUUAAUUGAUAUGAGAGACCUUUAUCAAGAAUGGAAGGAAAAAAUUCCUGAGGCAAAGCGUCUCUAUGGGAAACGAGGUGACCCUUUCUAUGAAGCCCAAGAGAAUCACAACCUAAUUGGCGUGGCUAAUGUGUUCUUGGAGUGUCUCUUCUAUGAUGUGAAACUUCAGUAUGCAGUUCCUAUCAUCAGCCAGCAGGGGGAGGUUGCAGGGCGCCUCCAUGUGGAAGUCAUGCGAAUUACAGGGGCCGUCCCGGAGCGCGUGGUGGAGGACGACUCUUCUGAGAACUCCAGCGAAGGUGGGAGCCUCGAGGUCACGGACAUCAGCGGGGAGACUGUUCACCGAGUCAAGAAGCUGACUUGCCGGGUAAAAAUUAAAGAGGCAACCGGGCUGCCCUUAAGCCUCUCAAAUUUUGUCUUCUGUCAAUACACAUUCUGGGACCAGUGUGAAUCCACAGUGGCUGCCCCAGUGGUGGACCCCGAGGUGCCUUCCCCCCAGUCCCGGGACGCCCAGUACACUGUGACGUUCUCUCACUGUAAGGACUACGUGGUGACCGUGACAGAAGAGCUCCUGGAGUUCCUGUCAGAUGGAGCCCUGGCCAUUGAGGUGUGGGGCCACCGCUGCGCUGGGAACGGCAGCUCCAUCUGGGAAGUAGACUCUCUUCAUGCGAAGACAAGAACGUUGCAUGACAGGUGGAAUGAGGUAACUCGAAGAGUAGAAAUGUGGAUUUCCAUAUUGGAAUUGAACGAGCUAGGGGAAUACGCUGCAGUGGAACUCCACCAGGCCAAAGAUGUCAACACAGGGGGCAUCUUUCAACUCAGACAGGGCCAUUCCCGGAGGGUACAAGUCACAGUGAAACCGGUGCAGCAUUCAGGGACACUGCCACUCAUGGUGGAAGCCAUCUUGUCUGUGUCCAUUGGCUGUGUCACUGCCCGGUCCACCAAGCUGCAGAGAGGGCUGGACAGUUACCAGAGAGAUGAUGAGGAUGGUGAUGAUAUGGAUAGUUAUCAGGAAGAAGACUUAAACUCUGUGAGGGAAAGGUGGUCCGACGCACUCAUCAAACGACGAGAAUACUUAGAUGAACAGAUUAAAAAAGUCAGCAAUAAAAAAGAGAAGACGGAGGACGACGUGGAGCGGGAGGCCCGGCUUGUGGAGCAGUGGGUGGGACUGACGGAGGAAAGAAACGCCGUGCUGGUGCCUGCACCGGGCAGCGGGGUCCCGGGGGCGCCCGCUCACUGGAUCCCACCACCUGGAAUGGAAACCCACAUCCCGGUUCUCUUCCUUGAUUUGAAUGCGGAUGACCUCAGUGCCAACGAGCAGCUCGUGGGCCCCCACGCGUCCGGUGUGAACUCCAUCCUGCCCAAGGAGCACGGCAGCCAGUUUUUCUACCUGCCCAUCAUAAAGCACAGCGACGAGGAGGUUUCAGCCACAGCCUCUUGGGACUCCUCAGUGCAUGAUUCCGUUCACCUGAAUAGGGUCACGCCGCAGAAUGAAAGGAUUUACCUCAUAGUGAAAACCACGGUGCAGCUCAGCCACCCAGCUGCUAUGGAGUUAGUAUUACGAAAACGGAUCGCGGCCAAUAUUUACAACAAACAGAGUUUCACGCAGAGUUUGAAGAGGAGAAUAUCGUUGAAGAAUAUACUUUAUUCCUGUGGUGUCACCUAUGAAUUAGUAUCCAAUAUACCAAAGGCAACAGAGGAAAUUGAGGACCGGGAAACACUGGCUCUCAUGGCAGCAAGGAGUGAAAACGAGGGCACUUCCGAUGGGGAGACCUACAUUGAGAAGUACACGCGAGGCGUGCUGCAGGUGGAGAACAUUCUGAGUCUUGAACGGCUCCGGCAGGCGGUCACGGUCAAAGAAGCACUGUCCACGAAAGCUCGGCAUCUCCGGAGGAGCCUAAGCACGCCAAACGUUCACAAUGUCUCCUCCAGCCGACCAGACCUUUCCGGCUUUGAUGAAGAUGAUAAGGGUUGGUUAGAGAACCAAUUAGACAUGUCUAACUACAGCUCCAGUUACCAAGAUAUAGCCUGUUAUGGAACUUUACCCAGGGAUUCGCCUCGAAGGAGUAAAGAAAGUAGUGGUUGUACAUCCGAGAACCCUCACGCCUUAACAGUCAGUCCUUUUAAAGCAUUCUCUCCCCAGCCGCCAAAGUUUUUCAAACCCCUGAUGCCUGUAAAAGAGGAGCAUAAGAAAAGGAUAGCUCUUGAAGCGAGGCCUCUUCUAAGCCAGGAGAGCAUGCCUCCACCUCAGCCACAUAACCCUGGCUGCAUUGUGCCCUCGGGAAGCAAUGGCAGCAACAUGCUACUAGAGCACAAUAGCAAACGUGAGAAGAAGAUUGACUCUGAGGAGGAGGAAAAUGAUCUGGAAGCUCUUAACAGGAAGCUGAUAAGUUCACAGCCUUACGUGCCCGUGGAGUUUGCAGACUUCAGUGUUUACAAUGCCAGCUUGGAGAACAGGGAGUGGUUUUCUUCGAAAGUAGAUUUGGUGAACUCAAGGGUCCUGGAGAAAGAAGUGUCCCGUAGCCCUACCACCAGCAGUAUUACCAGCGGCUACUUUUCCCACAGUGCCUCCAACGCCACUCUGUCCGACAUGGCGGUCCCUUCCAGUGACAGCUCGGACCAGCUAGCCAUUCAGACAAAGGAUACAGACUCCAGUGAGCAUUACGGACCGUCCCUUGGGCAUGAUUUCAGGCCGUCCUCAAACAAAGAGUUGACAGAACUAGAAAGAGGCUUGCUUAAAGAGAAGAUAAUUAUGGUGCCACUCAAGGAAAACAGUGCCUUAGCCAAAGGGAGCCCAUCACCCCAAAGCAUCCCUGAGAAAAACUCCAGAUCCCUCUGUAGGACUGGCUCCUGUUCAGGGCAGGAUGCCUGCUCCAGCCGAAAUGGCCAACCAGUCAGAGAAUUUUGCCCCAGGGAAGUGACCAUAGAGCACACCACAGAUAUCCUUGAGGACCAUUCUUUCACAGAGUUUAUGGGUGUGUCCGAUGGGAAAGAUUUUGACGGAUUGACGGAUUCUUCUGGAGAGCUUUCAAGUAGAAGAAACCUACCCAAUAAAAUGGACAGGAAGAGUAUCUCAGAUGGGCCACAGGGCCCUGCCCAGCUGCAUUCCUCAGCAGAGAAUGAACAGGGCAGCGCGAGCACUCGGUGAAAGCAGCCAGCGCCUCCCCGCAGGCCACAGCAUCUUCGUUGCGGUCUGCCUCGUGAAAGCACCAGCCCCAUCUGUAAAACAUGCUGCGGCCCAGCCGGGGACCCCAGACCAGCGUGGAGAAGCCAAGCGCUUCGUGGGCCACCUGCCUUCUCCUCCCGAGCUGGGAGAAGCUGGCACUUUGUCACUCGGGGGAAUCGGCAGCCUCUGCUUUUUCCGGAAAGCCAGAGAACCGAAAAUCCUGGAUUGAAUUAAGUGGCAGUAUUUUUGUUUGCACUUAUUACUACACACACCCACUGUGUAGAAACCUCCACAGAUUCAAGCGGACUGUAUUCUUGUACAAUUUUAAUCAGUUCUUACUGUAGAAUCUGGAGUCCAUGCUCUUUUUUUUUUUUAUAAAUAAUAUAUAUGAUGUAUAUGAAAUGUAUAUCUAUAGUAUGUCUGUUUGGAGACAGACAAGACUGCACACGAAAAUGCAGAUAUGAGUGGUUUCUAGAAAAUCAUAAGGUACUGGAUUUGGUUACAAAACCACUUAGGUAAUCUCUUAUACAUGAGCAGAUGAAAAAGACCUGAUUGCCUAAGAAUGAGGUUGCGAAUCCCUCUUUGCAGAAAAGGUUACAGAAUGCCGUUCUUUACAACCAAAGAACUUACAUAAGACUGAACGUUUUUGCUGUCCCCUCGUUUUGUGUGUACAUAUAUGUCUGACUGUGAGUUUGGUGCCACACUCCUCUUGGCUACCAGGCCACAUGUAGCUGUUCUGUGUCCUGUUUCAUAAAGCACACUGAAAAAUCUCACAGCUAUAUUCCUUAGUCUUCCACCCGGCCACCGCCUGCUGGUGCGACGUUGUAGGGUAACUGUUGACAAUGCCUGGGGCUCCGACUCCAGCCUUCAUUACCCCAGGUUGUGGUUCGGCCUGGCCGGCAGGGGGAAUUCAGAGAGCAGUAUUACUGUUAAGAGAACACAAGGACAUGCCCGGAGUUGGGUUUGGGGAGGGGAGGGGAUGUUGAUUUUUGUCUUUUUGUGGUUUUUCGUUUUGGAUCGGUAGCUUUCGUCGUGUGGUUUUGCUGUUGUUAAUUUUACUUAAAUUCUGGGAAACACUGAAGGCAUGGGAUGAGCUAUUAAGUUCACAGGUGCCCGCUUCACCGUGCUCGCAGCAGAUGAUGGAAUGCAGGUGAUCCUGCUGUCCACGUCUUCAUUGGCAGGGUUCUCCUGGUAACGGAGACGUCGAAGGAUUACGCAUGUGGAAAUUUUUACAGAAGUACUUUUUGCGCUCGUUCUGUAGAUGCCUGUAAAAUCGGUGUGGAUGUACAGCAAUAAAUGUGUUGUGGGAGAGAGA